AUGACUACGACAAGCAAAGUUCACAGGCUUAUCAAAGAGCUGUUAAUAGAUGAUAACGUCCAUUCGAAAGUUCAAGAGGAUUUAUGGAAUAACGACGGUUCAGAACCGCAGAGGAAACGUACCAGAGAUAGAGCUGAUCUUAAAGCCGAAUCAGAAAAGAUGGAAGGAGAAGAAAAACAACCGGAGAAGAAAAAAAGAACAAUUCCUGUAGAUUGGAAUGAUCUUAACCCUAAUGUACAGUUUUCUAAUGGGCAUCAGGUAAUAACCAUUCGUUACAAUCCAUUGAAGCUACUUUCCUUCGAUAAAGUAUUGAAUAGAGACUUCAAAAUCCAGGAAUCAAUGCCGUCAUCGGUGAAUGACGUAGAUUUUGAAAUAUAUGAAAACGCUAACCUACUCACAUCAAUUGACAAUGAUUCAAAUCUUCCGUAUCGCGGUGCUAUUAAGAUCGCUCAGGAAUAUUCUACUAAUAAGACAAUACCUCGUGUGAAGGACAGAGAGUUUUUCUUGCAUCUUCUAAGGAAGUCGCAACCGGCGGCACAGUUCAAUGGAAACACAUUAUUAGCAUAUCCAAACGAUCAAGACCAUGAUUACGAUAAAAAAAGGUUGAAAUCGGUUGGCCCAGUUAUUACUCCCAGCACUAGUAGCGUUGAAUAUAUCUACUUCCAGAACUACGAGAUAAAGACCUGGUAUAAAGCGCCAUAUCCAGAAGAAUACAAUAAGAAUAAAAUUUUAUACAUUUGCGAUAAGUGUUUGAAAUAUAUGAGUUCCAAAUAUGUAUAUUAUAGGCACCAGCUUAAGUGUGACUGCUCGCAUCCUCCUGGGAAUCAGAUUUAUAGAGAUGAUGAUCAAGGGUUUGCCAUUUGGGAAGUUGAUGGAAGGGAGAAUGUUAUUUACUGCCAAAAUUUGUGUUUAUUGGCCAAAUUAUUUUUAAACUCAAAAACAUUAUAUUAUGAUGUAGAACCGUUUAUGUUCUACGCCAUAACAGUAUGGGAAAACGAUGAAUGGAAGUUUGUCGGUUAUUUUUCCAAAGAGAAAUUAAACUCCACUGGCUAUAAUCUCAGUUGUAUUUUAACCCUUCCUCACUAUCAGAGACGCGGUAUUGGUCAUUUGCUUAUGGACUUUUCGUACCUACUAUCACGAAGAGAAUUCAAACUAGGAACCCCCGAGAAACCGUUGAGUGACCUUGGUCUAAUAUCCUAUAGGUUCUUUUGGAAAAACAAAAUGAUACAAACUUUAUACAUGCUAUUUGAGCAACUGGGAGAAUCUUUCAUAUGUACUAUAAAUGACUUGUCAAAUUUAACAGGCAUGAAUCAUUCCGACGUUAUAUAUGGUUUAGAGCAAAUCGGAUGUCUCUACAAAUACAAGGAUGAAACGGACAAGUGGAAUUAUGUUGUCAAAAUAAAAGAUUGGAGUAAAUUGGCGGAGCAAUAUCAUGAAACCAAGUCGAAAAUGAAGUACACCUUAAAAUCAUCUAAAUUAGUGUGGAAACCAGUCAUCUUUGGUCCUUCAUGUGGCAUCAAUGCAGUUGGAACGAUGGUGGAGACGAAUGUUCUUCCUAAAAAAACGCAUUCUUCAAUCGAUACUGCAAGUUCCAGAGAUACAUUUAAAGACAGUAUUUCAGUGUUAACUAAUUUUAUGAGUGAUGAUAUUGCUGAUCCAAGAACUAUGGAAGAAAUAGCUUUAGAUAAAAUAAAGGCGCAGAAGUCGGAGAUUAACUUGAAUGACAAAAAUUUUGUCCCAGCGUACACUCUUCCAAAACCAAUACGAGACAAAGCAAUUAGAUCAAGCAGAAUGAAAGCAGAAUCUAGUGUACCAGAAAGCAAACCCGCAGCACCCACAGUUGAGGAAGAGAAUUUUGUUGAAGACGUUGAAGAAGAUGAUGUUGAAGAUAUUGAAGAAGAGGAGAAUAUUGCUGAAGAUGAAAGUUUUUCUUCAGCAGAUGCGGAGGCGGAAGAAGAGGAUGAGGAUGUGGAUGAGGAUGAAGAAGAAGUUGAAGAGGAUGAAGGCUCACAAUUGCCCUCCAAGCCUCUGCAGACUGAAUCGUUUACCAUCAGUCGGUCUUUGAGGAAUAGUAGACCAAAAGCAGAACAGGGGACCGAGACUGAUUUAAGCCCAAGGCCCCAAAGAGUAUUAAGACAUAGAUAG